AUGAUGCCCCCGACGGCCACCGCGACGGCUGUCUUCCUCUCCGCGGCGCCCUCCUCUUUCUCCACCCGCAGUCGGCGCAGCCGCCUUCCUGCCAUCUCCGCAUCCCUUUCGCCGUCCUCCUCCUCUUCCUCCUCCGAUGAGCCGCUGCUGGUGCGCGCGGCGCGGGGCGAGGACGGCCUCCAACGCCCGCCCGCGUGGAUGAUGCGGCAGGCAGGGCGGUACAUGGCGGAGUACCAGGCGCUGGCCAGGCGCCACCCCUCGUUCCGGGAGCGUUCCGAGAACACGGACCUCAUCGUCGAGAUCACGCUGCAGCCGUGGCGUGCCUUCGCGCCCGACGGCGUCAUCCUCUUCUCGGACAUACUCACGCCCCUGCCGGCCAUCGGGGUGCCGUUCGAUAUCUUGGACUCCAAGGGGCCCGUGAUCCAAUCGCCAGUGCGGUCCGAAGAGCAGGUGAGGGAGCUCGUCCCCAUCGACCUUGAUAUGCUCGAGUUCGUCGGGGAGUCACUAAAGAUUCUGCGAAAUGAGAUUGAUGGAAAAGCUGCUUUGCUAGGAUUUGUGGGGGCCCCAUGGACAAUUGCAACUUACGUUGUUGAAGGGGUGAUGACCAACACAUACACAAAUAUAAAGAGCAUGUGCCAUACAGCUCCAGAUGUCUUGAGGGGCCUUCUAUCUCAUCUUGCACAAGCUAUAUCUGACUAUAUCAUUUACCAAGUUAACUCUGGGGCCCAGUGUAUACAGAUAUUUGAUUCAUGGGGUGGACAACUUCCACCUCAUGUGUGGGAGCAGUGGUCAAAACCAUAUAUCAAACAGAUUGUGAGUAGGAUUAAGAAAGAGUGCCCUCAUGUACCCCUUGUGUUGUAUAUAAAUGGAAAUGGAGGUUUACUUGAGCGCAUGAAGGACACAGGAGUUAAUGUUAUUGGGCUUGACUGGACAGUGGACAUGGCUGAUGGAAGGAGGCGCCUUGGUAAUGGAAUUAGUGUACAAGGGAAUGUGGAUCCAGCAUUUUUGUUUUCACCAUUACCAGUACUGACUGAUGAAAUUCAUAGGGUUGUGAAAGCAGCUGGUCCAAAAGGUCAUAUACUUAACCUGGGCCAUGGUGUACUUCAGCAAACACCCGAAGAAGCUGUAGCACAUUUCUUUGAUGUCACAAGGAGCUUGAGAUAUGACACCCUUUUCCAAGGUUCUGUUGCUGAAGAAUUGCUGCCUGUUGCUUGA